GGGCUCAUAUCUGCGGGACUUUAUUUUGAAUUUCAGAAGAAGAAAAAAAUCUCCGUACCGGAAGUUGGUGUCGCUGGCUUCGCGCUGCAGGUCGCUUCGCUCACCGGGCAGCUCGUAACUGGAAAACACACCACCAUGCUAGACCCGGAGGAAAAUGGCCGGUACGACAUUCCUGACUACAACAGCAUAGUGGAUGAAGCUUUCCCUCCCCUCCCACCACCUCACUCCCCGGGCCAGGGAGGACAAGAGGAGGGAGACCCUUUUGCAAAUGAGGAGGAAGACGGUGACGCAUCCAAGCUGGCUGAGGUCCCUGCUGCUAAAAGGAGAGGAGUGAAGAGGCCGCAACCAAAGCUGGACUCUCAGAGGCUGAUCUCAGAAAGAGGACUUCCAGCUCUCCGAACACUGUUUGACAAUGUCCAGUUUAAAGGCAAAGGACAUGAGGCUGCAGACCUGCGGCUGCUGAUGCAGAAGAUGGAGAACUGGGCCCACAGGUUGUACCCCAAACUGCAGUUUGAGGACUUUAUUGACAAAGUGGAGAAGCUCGGCAACAAGAAGGAAGUGCAGACUUGUCUCAAAAGGAUACGACUGGACAUGCCACUGACACACGAAGAUUUUAUGGGUAAAGAUGGUGAAGAAGAGGCGGCGCCUGAAUUGCAAGUAUUUGGAGAUCCUGAUCCAUUUAGCAGAGCGAGCUUCCCCGAUGACGUACAAGGGCCAGUCCACUCUACCCCAGCUCAAGCUGCCCCACCCGCCCCCUCGCCAGCUGCCCCCUCCCUGACCGAGGAGCAGCGCAGACUCAUUGAGCUGAACAGACAGCGAGCCCUGGAGAGGAGGCUCGCCCGCCAGCAGCAUCAGCAGCAAACGGAUCCCUCAGACUCCCAGACGGUGGACACACCCACAUCAGUAGACGAACCCACAUCUGUCUCGUCUGCAAAUAUCCUCAACAGUUCUCACUAUCGGGGCGAGGAGGUGGGGGAUUCAGACCUGGAGCCAGUCGGCAGCAGCACACAACAACCCAGCCAGCUUCCGAAAAAAGACUCUGAGCCUCCAGCUGAAUCCAGUCAGCGUGAGGAAGAUGAGGAGACCAGCCUGAACCCAGACCAGCAACCCAGCAACAGGUGUGAGGACGGAGAUUAAGCCUCAAGAGGGCAGCACAUGCUCUUUGUGGUUCAGAGUGUCACCUGUAUGGCUGAAGCUUUGGAAGUGAGCUUCACUUGAAGAAGCUCACUGUGUGUGUGUGUGUGUGUGUGGGUGUGUGCGUGUGUGUGUGUGUGUGUGUGCGUGUGUGUGUGUGUGUGUGUGUGUGAGUGAGUGGAGAGUGAGUGAGUGAGAACUGUUCUUUGUGGUCUGUAGUGGCCAAACUGAUAUGUUCCAAUUCAGAAUUCCUGUUCCUGUUUUCAUGGCUGCUGGUUUGUGGGUAGAGCUGCACACCUGUUCACGGUGUUUUAUAUCAUGUAAGGGCAUAGAGACUUUUUAUCAAAGUGAACACAGACUGGAACAGAGCUGCAACUACCAAUUAUUUUCAUUAUUGGUUAAUCAUUUUUUAUUUGAUUACAGUCUUGUUAACAGUGAAAAAAUGUCCAUCACAGCUUCCUAAAACCUGAGUUGAAAUCGUUUUCUACGUCUUGUUUUGUCCUACCAUCAGUCCAAAUCCUAAAGAUAUUGUUUACUGUCAUAGACGGCAAAAAAAAAGGAGAAAAUCCUCACAUUUGACAAACGAGGUAACCUUUAGCAUUUUUGCCUGAAAACUCACUUAAACGAUGAAUUAAUAGUCAGAUUGAUUUUUCUGUCGAUCAACUAGGAAUCCAAGUUUCAACAUAAGCAGAAUUUUGUUAAGUUUUCCAAAUUUCAGUGUUUUCUCAACUCUACUAGGUGUUAGAAAUGUCCACUGAGCCUUAAUGUCAUUAAUUAGAAACAAGUUUCUUAAAAAAAAGGGUCGUGGUCACUGACUCGUUAAUGGAUGCGAUUGCUUUUGUUCAUUUAGUAACGUCAUGAAGGGUCUCGGCCGUAAACUGAUGAAGCCUCUGCAAAAAUGUGACCUUACAUUGUUUUUAUCGUUUAAAAAAACAAACAGGGAAUAGUUGGUGUCUUUACCAGUUUUGUUUUUUUUGUUUUUUUCAACCAAUAACAAUAAAUGUUUCCUUCCAAAUCAAA